CAAAUUCCCUCUAGCUCGUCAACAAGAACAAAACCCAAGGAUUGGCAUAUUUGGGCCCCAAUCCGGCCCAGAUUCUUCCUCGGCCGGUCCAUUAAGCUGACUUGCCUCCCCCAGUCUGUUUCCGGCGUCUUUCCCAUCGGCGCAUCUUUCUCCGGCGAAAAAACAAGUUACAGGUUCCCCUCUGUAUUUCUGUUGCUCUCUCAUUCUUCAAGCAGCUGAUUUCAAUUUUCCCACAAUUAUAAAUCCACCAUAUCUAGAAUUCAAUUUCUUAUGAGAAAAUUAUGUUUCUUCCAUCAAUUUCUCGCCUAUUCGCCGAUACUAAACCAGUCAAUAAGGCAAUUUUUUCACUCAAAUUGGUACAUUUAUUCAGCACUUCUUCAUCAUCAGCUGGAGAAUUCUUGAGUCAUUUGCUGAAAAAUAAAAACGGGUCGGGUAUGGAGAGGACAUUGAGCGCAGUCAGGGCUAAACUAGAUGCUCGAUGCGUUGAUGAAGUAUUAGAGAAAUGUGCUGUUGAUGAUCCCCAAAUGGGUCUGAGAUUCUUCAUUUGGGCUGGUCUUCAAUCCAGCUAUAGACACAGUAGUUACAUGUACAGUAGAGCUUAUAAACUGCUUGGAGUGGAUCAUAAACCGCAAAUUAUUCGAGAUGUAAUUGAAGCUUAUAGGCUGCAGAAAUAUGUCACAAGUGCCAAGAUGUUUAAAGUUGUAUUGAAUUUGUGUAGAGAGGGAAAAGAUGCAAUCUUGGGCUUGUGGGUGUUGAGGAAAAUGAAAGAAUCCAAUUGUAGCCCGGAUACAACUAUGUAUAAUGUAGUUAUUCGAUUAUUAUGUGAGAAGGGAGAUAUGGAUGAGGCAAUGGGUUUGAUGAGAGAGAUGGACCUGAUUGAUCUUUAUCCUGAUAUGAUCACCUAUGUCGUGAUGAUUAAGGGAUUGUCUGAUGUGGGUAGGUUGGAAGAAGCUUGUGGAUUAAUUAAAGCUAUGAAGGGACAUGGAUGCAUACCAAAUACGGUUACCUAUUCAACUCUUCUUGAUGGGAUUUGUAGGUUCGGGAAUUUGGAAAGGGCACUUGAGUUAUUGAGAGAAAUGGAAAAAGACGGUGGGCAGUGUAAGCCCAACGUCGUUACAUAUACUACCGUGGCUCAAAAUUUUGUUGAGAAAUGUCAGUCAAUUGAAGCUUUAAGUAUUUUGGACCAAAUGAGGGAUUAUGGGUGUAAACCAAAUAGAGUACUUAUCUGUACUUUGAUUCAGGGUCUUUGCAAAGAGGGGCAUAUGGAGGAAGCUCAUAAGGUCAUUAACAGAGUAGCUGAUAGUGUUAUCCCUUAUGAUUCUUGCUAUAGCUUUUUAGUUCUAUCCUUGUUUCGGAUUGGAAAAGUCAAGGAGGCAGAAAUGUUUUUUAGGAGAAUGUUGACUGGUGGCCUAAAGCCUGAUGGCAUGACCUCAAGCACAAUAAUACGAUGGCUGUGUCAGCAAAAUCGGAUACUUGAUGGAUAUCAGUUGAUUGAUGUGAUUGAGCAGUCUGCAAGGGUAUCUUCUAUAGAUUCUGAUAUUUAUUCUAUACUUAUGGCUGGACUAUGCAAGGCAAAUCAUCUUGCGGAAGCUGCUAAGCUUGCUAGUGUGAUGGUAGGGAAAGGGAUUCAGCUCAAAGGUCCUUGUGUUAAGAAUGUAAUUGAAUGUCUUAGACUUUGUGGGAAAGAGGAUUUAGCUUCAAGCAUUGGUAACAUUAAGAGCUGAUGAAUGUUGAGAUUGUAUUAAUAUGUUGAUCCUACUUGUGCACCAAACAGUCCCCUCGCUCUUGAGAUUGACAGUCAGUUAUAUCGAAUAUUCCACCUAAUUGAAUUCUUCUUCUGUUUUGUGCAAUCAAUAAAUGUUGGUGCUAUGUGCAAAAAACUUGGUCAUC